UGCAUCAACUGCCAAGGAGCCAGCAGAUGAUGUAGGAGUCAACAAAUCUGAGCAAGCACAGCAUUUAACACUUCCCCUGUGUACCCUUACCCUGGUCCCGUUGCUACCCACCGAAUUUAACCCUUUUUAGCAGGGAACACGCCCAAUACAUCAGAACAGCAGCUUGCUCCAUGCCAACAUACCACCAUAAACGCAACAGCAGCAGGGGGCAGGAGAGAAAAGAGCUCCUGCCUCCGUAGGCUAGCUGUAGGUCUCCCUCCCCCCUUGCAUCCCUACACAUCUCCCUUACCCUAAGCGCGCAUCUGCUCGCGCUCUUGGGACGGCAAGGCAAUGAGCGAGCAGGACGCGCAGCACGUCGGCGGCAGCCCCCCGGACACGGCCAUCGAGUCGUUCUCGCAGCUCCCCUUCGUCCGCCCCAAGCCGCCGCAGCCGGCGGCGUCCUCUUCCAGCCCCUCGCCGAUCCGGCUGUUCGGCUUCGACGUCCCGCCCGACGCCGCCACGCCCUCCACCGCGACCAGCGAUGCCGCCGCGGCCACCGCCACCGCGGCGAGCCAGGCGGCGGGAUCGGGCGCGGGCGCGGGUGACGGCGGCGGUGGCGGCGGAGGGCGCAAGUUCGAGUGCCACUACUGCUGCCGGAACUUCCCGACGUCGCAGGCCCUGGGUGGGCACCAGAACGCGCACAAGCGGGAGCGGCAGCACGCGAAGCGGGCGCAGUACCAGAGCGCCAUGGCCAUGCACCACCACGCCCACUACCCCGGCCACCCCCACGCGUACCCGGCCUUCACCAGCUACCACCACCGCUUUGGCAUGGCGCGCUACGAGCCCCCGCCGGGGCCGCCGCCGCACUACCCCUCGUGGUCCAGCCACCUCCCGCAGGCUGCUCCGCCCGUGGUUCCGAGGUACUACGCCGGGGCCGGCUCCCUGUCGCAGCCGAUCAACGGCAGCCCGGUGCCGGCUGCCGCGCUCUGGCGGGUCCCGGCCGUCACCGUGGCUGCGCCGCUGGCACGCCAAGAGCGGCCGGCGCCGCUGUCCUUGCCCGGACGUGAGGAGGAGGCAAUGGUCGCAGGAGCAAGAAGAGGGAACGUAGCGGCAGGACAGGGCGGCUCGCGAUUGUCCCUGUCUUCCUCGUCCUCCUCGUCCACCUCGUCGCAGCAUGAACGCCGCCGGGGAGAUGCUGCUGGGAACAGAGAGAAUGUGAGUCUGGAUCUCACCUUGUAAUUCUAUAGCUAGAGAGGGAAGAAUGGGUGUGAUCAUUUAGCGGGUUCGUUGAGAACUUGAGAUGGAGAAAAAAAAAACUCUUCUUUAGCUCUUGGAAUUUGUUUAUUUAGGUAACGGCGCUCAGUUGAGAGAUUCAUUUGUUCGACUUUGUCUAAUUCGUGCCUUUCGAUUUCUUUAUGAGAAAUGGGAGACAAAUGAUGGAAGAAAAAACUUGGGAGAGAUCGAGCGUGAAAA